AUGUGGAAAAGUCCUUUUCAAAAAUCAGUGCACACAAGCACGCACAGAUCAGAUCUCGGACUUUUCUAACAACUCCCUCUGGGCUGGGGGUCUUGGGUUGAGGGAGGCAUAUGGAGGCCCCACCAACCAUGAUUUUAUGCCUUUGCCUCAAUGGUUAAUGAAAGUGAAACGCAAGGAAAGUGAAACUCAGUGGAAUUUCCUCCUCUAGGCAGUUUGUCCUCGGGUGUGACGCAAGGUUGGCAAAUGUGGAAGGCUGGCAGGUACAUUGAACUUGAGCUUGAGCUUGGAGUUGCCUGGGUGGCAGAUAUAGAAGACGCCCUGGAGUGAGAGGGGUGCUCCAGAGCCGGGGAGGAAACUUUUCAGGAAAACUGCUCUUGUCUCCCUGCUAAUGGAAUCAGGGUGGGGACAGUGGGCAUACAUGCUAGUCUGGGAAAAGAGAGGGUUCAGAGAGCCUUAGUUUGGACCUCCAGAGUGCUGGAUGUUUGACACCAGAUUCUUGUGCCAGCGUUACCUCGAAGUCUGGAAGCAGUGCUGAGAUCUCUGGUUGGAGCUGCACCACUCAGUGGUGGAGUGCUCAGGCUUGGUUGGAGCUGCACCACUCAGCGGGGGAGUGCUCAGGCUUGGUUGGAACUGCACCACUCAGUGGGGUAGCUUUGUUUUUAUGGUACAGUGAAGGAAAGAGGACAAGGGAAAUAAACAUCGUGAAGAAGGUCACAUGACAGGAACUUGGAGAGCGGACAUUGGAGCCCGAGUCUACCGGAUUUCAAAAGAAGGAAGAAUCCCGUUCAAAAAUGAGGUGAAUUAAUGCUCGGGCACUCAGGAACCCUGGAUAGCUACAUGAGGUGUUUAAAAACUUUCCAGACCAUCUUGCCAAACAAGUCUCUGCUCAUGAGACCUGAAAGGAUGAGUGAGCCAUGGCGGGACAGUGUCCUGCCCUGUAGGAACGGUGAUUGCUGACCUGCUGAGCGUGAGCUGGCCUGCCUGUUGUCUGCCAAUACCAUGAAGGAGGUGGUGUAUUGGUCACCCAAGAAGGUGGCAGACUGGCUGCUGGAGAAUGCUAUGCCAGAAUACUGUGAAGCUCUGGAACAUUUCACGGGCCGGGACUUGAUCAACUUGACCCAAGAAGAUUUCACAAAACCCCCCUUGUGCAGAGUCUCUUCUGACAACGGGCAGCGGCUCCUGGACAUGAUUGAGACGCUGAAAAUGGAGCACCACAUGGAAGCACACAAGAACGGCCAUGCCAACGGGCACCUCAGCAUCGGCACAGACGUCCCCACGCCCGACGGCAGCUUCACCAUCAAGAUGAAACCCAACGGAAUGCCAAAUGGAUACAGGAAGGAGAUGAUCAAGAUCCCCAUGCCGGAGCCCGAGCGCUCUCAGUACCCCAUGGAGUGGGGCAAGACUUUCCUGGCCUUUCUCUAUGCACUUUGCUGUUUUGUCCUCACCACAGUGAUGAUCUCGGUCGUCCAUGAACGAGUACCUCCUAAGGAGGUGCAGCCUCCACUACCGGACACGUUUUUUGACCAUUUUAACCGGGUGCAGUGGGCCUUUUCUAUUUGUGAAAUUAACGGCAUGAUCCUUGUAGGACUCUGGUUAAUUCAGUGGCUGCUCUUAAAAUACAAGUCUAUUAUUAGCAGAAGAUUUUUCUGCAUAGUUGGCACGCUGUACCUGUAUCGGUGUAUUACAAUGUAUGUAACUACACUCCCAGUACCCGGUAUGCAUUUCAACUGUUCUCCCAAGCUUUUUGGAGACUGGGAAGCCCAACUGCGGAGAAUAAUGAAGCUUAUUGCAGGAGGCGGCUUGUCCAUCACUGGCUCCCACAACAUGUGUGGGGACUACCUAUACAGUGGCCACACGGUCAUGCUAACACUCACCUACUUGUUUAUCAAAGAGUAUUCCCCUCGGCGGCUCUGGUGGUAUCACUGGAUUUGCUGGCUUCUCAGCGUGGUUGGAAUCUUCUGUAUUCUCUUAGCGCAUGACCACUACACUGUGGACGUGGUGGUGGCAUAUUACAUCACCACGAGACUCUUCUGGUGGUAUCACACUAUGGCCAAUCAGCAAGUGCUAAAGGAAGCUUCCCAGAUGAACCUCCUGGCCAGGGUGUGGUGGUACAGGCCAUUUCAGUACUUUGAAAAGAAUGUCCAAGGAAUUGUACCUCGAUCUUACCAUUGGCCUUUCCCCUGGCCAGUAGUGCACCUCAGUAGGCAAGUUAAAUACAGCCGGCUGGUGAACGACACAUAACAGCUGUACCCAGUGAGGGGAAGACGAAUUGUCCGAAGUGCUAAGAACUCCAUGAGAGAAGAUGCCAUAAAAUAAACACCUCCCUCAUCCUGUUAUCUUUCAACGGUUACCUUGACUUAACCUAUUGAGUUACCUGGUCAGCACUGUGAUCUUUUUUUCUCUCCAAAGGACCUGAGUUGGACAACAAUAAAGAAAAAUUUCACCUAUCAUGCACUGUACACAUCUCCUGUUCAUAAGUUUGGGAUUCACAUAACCCGCGACUACCAUGUUCCUUUGUAUAUGAUGCAACAGCAUAAAUGUAAGCUUUUAUAUCAUAAGUUCUGGUCUUUCCAGUUACAUCUGGAAAUAAAGUAUAUUAUUUUCUUGGGAAAACAUACUUUUCAUAUCUCUUGCCCCAAAGAUUGGGCUGAAAGCCAUUUUCUAGCAAAUGUCUCUAUGAAGGUUUCUAAGUACCUGAAUGGGGUUUGAUUCUGAAAUCUUUCUACCUAUUGCACCGAUAUUCAAAUGAAAAUGACAGACGCAGAAAGGUUUGGUAACUUUGGGUUUUGUAAAAUCAGCAGAGACAGUGUGUCAAAAAGUGCAAAAAAAAAAAAUUCUGUUAUAACAGUGAUUUUCUAAGUAUUUCCUAACUUUAUUUUUCAAAAUGAUGUUAUGAAACCAAAUUUAAAGAUUUUUACAUGUCAGAGAGAGGGAAGUUAAACACGCGUCUUGGGAGAGAAAUUUGUCUAUGUUUCUAGUGCCUUUCUUGUCUUGAUUGUAUGGUCAGUAGGCAAUCUUAAGUGUUUUUAUUUAAAAUAAAGUAUUCCAUGAAAAUAUAAAUAUAUAUAUACACUACUAAAUUUUGCAUUUAUAGCUAAAUUAAAUCAGAAGACUGUUUAUGGUUUUAAAGUUGCAGUGAAUAAAGAAUGGGGAUGUUAAUUAGAGUCAGAGCCUGUUCACAUAUUGCGAACAAGUGCCAAUGACAUGUACCACUUAAAUUACUUUAUCGUCUAUUUGGUAGUUCAGUUUUAACUACUCAAUGAAAAAACAGCCAUGAAUAUCUUUUUUUAAAAGAGAGUUUUGAAAAUGAUCACUUACCCUAAAACUUGAAAGCUAUGAAUUAGUUAUCCAUACCCUCAUGACAAUUUUGUUGGUGAACAGCAAAAAAAAGAGAUCUAUUUCUUUAAAAUAUAUUUGUGCAGAAACUGCAUGUAAUUCUGAGUUUUACUCCUAACAUACAUAUGUUUGGGGAAGUAUUCUAUUCUACACUUGCCAACGUGGAGAACAAAAUAGUUUUUUAAGAAUGAAGAAGUAUAUAUAUCCAUUCUGUAUUUUACGUGCAACAGAAUUAUCUUCCGUAGGGUUUUUUUUUUUGUGUGUAUUCACAAGGUGAUAUUUGUAUUGUAAAACAAUAAUGGUGAAGGAAAUAAAAAAAGGCUUUUAAAAUUUUGUUUGUUUUAAAUCUUUGUAAAGUUACUAUUCCAGAGAAGAUACUGAUAUCUUACAGCUUACCUAGGUCAUAAAUUAAUCAAAAUGCACUUUUUAAUAAAAACUGAAACUUAAAAU